AUGUAUAGUAAAUUUAUAGAUCGUCAAUCGUAUCCAUAUGAUACUUACAUUGCACGAAGUGAGGUUAUUUAUUGUUCUCGUAUAUCAGAGAAUAGAAAGAGUAUUUGCAAUUAUUUGCGUGAAUUUAAAAAGAAAUCCUGUCAAGCCUAUAAACCGGACAAAAACCAUACAGGUAGAAAUAAGUGUACUUGCGGAUUAUAUAGAGAAGACCAUGAAUGUAUAGGUCGAUUUCCGCAACAACCUUCAGACCAAUAUGUUCAUUUACCAACAGAUGCUUAUGGAAGUAUAGAGUUUAUUGAUCAGGUUCAUGGAUUUCAAAAUGCUAAAUACAUUCGUUUAGCUAAUGAUACAAAAAUGGAUAAGGUGGCACGUUUGCUUCGUGAUGUGUGGAAGUUAAUUGAUAAUAAGCAGCUACCAGAUGUUAUUUUAUCCAUUGGUGGCGGAGUUAAAGAAUAUAGGCCUAAUAAAAUUCUCGAAGAGAAGUUCCAUGCCACCUUGAUCAACGCAGCUGAAAAUAAUAACGUGUGGCUACUUACAUGUGGCGCAUUUGUUGGAGUCAGUAAAAAUGUUGGAGAAGCUAUGUUCGAAUCUUUCUUUGAGCAAUGGGCGUGCAAUGAUCGCAUUAAGAAACCGAAUAACUUAAAGUGUAUUGGUGUUGCACCUUGGGGUUACAUAGCUGACUCAAAUAAAUUAAUUAAUGACCCUAAAAAUAAUCUUAAUCCAAAGAAGUAUUCCGUGAAUGCGUUGGUUGAACGUGGAAAGCCAACUUCGCUUGAUCCAUAUCAUACUCACUUUCUCUUGGUAGACGAUGGUUCCCAUGGCCGUUACGGCACAGAAAUCGAAUUUAGAGCUAUGCUGGAAGCUUAUUUAACAAAGAACUUAGGUGAAUCAGACCAAGGUGAAAAGGUUCAGAUUCCUACUGUCUACGUUGUACUAGAAGGAGGUCCAGACAUCUUUACUGCAGUUGCUGAGCGACUUAAGCGCGAGGUACCAGUUAUUGUAAUAGAGGGAAGUGGUCGAGCAUCCUCUAUUAUCGCGUAUGCCGUUCGUUCAUGUGAAGAAAGGUAA